UGACGUAGAAUUCAAAACUCGUGUCCGGAAACCAGAAAACAUGCUGAAUAGUGAGAUUUGACAGCAGUUUGCAUGUUUGUUAUUUUUCUGCAGUCUACAGUUUAUUCUCAGGCAUCACUUCAGGACAGCGGCCCACGCAAUCAAAUACACACUUGUUAAACUGCAGCGCCUGCUCAGCAUCCAUCAAUUAACCCAUCUCGAUCGGAGCACUUCUGUGAUGUUCGUGGCUGGUUAGCUAUUUAGUAGGGAAAGUUGCUGAUUACUUUUGCUUCAUAUUUAUAAUCGUUCUAGUUUAGAUUUUUUUAAUGACUUUCCAAGCAUCGCAGAACACCGUGGUUUAGUAGACACAGUGCUUCUUGAAAACGCAAUGCUACUACUAAAGUGCUAAACUCAUCUGGUACUGGUAGCAAAGUUUUCAAGUUGUCAGGAUUUCUAACAACAGCCCGCAAAAUUGAUAAUAUAAGGAAAGGGUUUGUUCUGCUUUGGAGGCGUUAUGGAUAAAGUUUAGGAUACAUGGAUGAGGUUAAUUUUACAGAAUUACUAAUGAAAAGGACAGAAAAUGAAGCUGCAACGGUAAUUCAGUCAAUCGAAUAUUCUCUGAAUAUAUGCAACCCGCAUCUUGCGUAUUAGACCUGGAAUAGAACUAGAUAAGAGUUCUCUAUGGAUUCAUUUUGGCCAGCCUAACGCGCUAGCCAGCUCAGGCUGCGUCGUCAACUGUCAGCGGAGAGGAAAUUAUUUCCGGAAAAUGAAGAUUCCGUUAUAAUGUCGACAGAAAUGAAAGUGUUUUGUACUGCCUUUUUUAUUUUUGCUCAACUACAUGUUCUGGCUUUUGGUUUUAACCGCACUGCAAAGUUCAGACCCAACUUUGUGAUGGUGAUGUCCGAUGCAUUUGAUGGAAGGCUGACCUUUGACCCUGGGAGUACAUUGGUGCAGCUCCCUUAUACAAAAUACCUGAGGGAACAAGGGGCUGUCUUCCUCAACUCCUAUACCAACUCUCCCAUCUGCUGUCCAUCUAGAGCAGCCAUGUGGAGUGGUCGCUUUGUUCAUCUAACUCAGUCAUGGAACAAUUACAAGUGCCUGGAGGGUAAUGCCACCACAUGGAUGGACGUUCUGCAGGAAAAUGGAUAUCACACCAGGAGUUUGGGAAAACUGGACUUUACAUCCGGUGGCCAUUCUGUGAGCAAUCGCGUGGAGGCCUGGACGCGGGACGUGCCUUUCCUGUUGCGGCAGGAAGGCCGUCCCGUGACGGACCUGACGGGCAACGCAUCCACAGAGAGGGUCAUGACCAAGGACUGGAAAACCACGGACAUCGCUGUCCAGUGGAUCCGCCAGACCGCCGCGUCCCUCCGCCAGCCAUUUGCCCUCUACCUGGGUUUAAAUCUGCCUCACCCCUACCGCACAGAUUCCCUGGGACCCACUGCUGGGGGGUCAACCUUCCGCACCUCCCCCUACUGGCUGAAAAAGGUGUCUCAUCAGAACGUCUCUGUACCAAAAUGGCUGCACUUUUCAGAGAUGCACCCUGUUGACUACUACUCUACCUACACCAAGAACUGCAGCGGCAACUUCACCGAACAGGAAGUCAAGGACAUCCGCGCCUACUACUACGCCAUGUGCGCAGAGACCGAUGCCAUGCUGGGUGCGGUGGUGGAAGCCCUGCGUGACUCGGGCUUGCUCUCCAGCACGGUCCUACUGUUCACCUCGGACCACGGCGACCUGGCCAUGGAGCACCGGCAGUUCUACAAGAUGUCCAUGUUCGAGGGCAGCUCGCACGUCCCCUUGCUCGUGGCCGGUCCCGGGGUGAAGGCGGGGCUCCGGCUACACGAGCCCGUCUCUCUGGUGGACAUCUACCCCACAAUGCUGGAUCUGGCGGGAGUCUCCGCCCCGGGCGAUCUCAGCGGUCACUCGCUCGUACCCCUGCUGUCCCGGAGCGCCGUCCCGCCGGCGGAGCCCCGCCCCGACUGGGUGCUCAGCGAGUACCACGGCUGCAAUGCCAACGCCUCCACGUACAUGCUGCGGCAGGGAAAGUGGAAGUACAUAGCCUACGCUGACGGGCUGAGCGUCCCUCCACAGCUGUUUGACCUCUCCAGUGACAAAGAUGAGCUGCACAACGUGGCGGCCCAGUUCCCCGCAGUCUGCCAGCACCUGGACAAACUUCUGCGCAGCGUGGUCGACUAUCCCAUCGUUUCCAAGGAAGUGCAGCGCUACAACAGGCAGCAGUUCAGCAGCUGGAGGCAGAGCCUCGGGGACAGCUAUGCCAGCAUCAUCGCCGGCCUCCGCUGGCACUUGGACUGGCAGAGGCACCCCGACCUCUACGAGAAAGCCAUCGACGAGUGGCUCAAAGCGUAGCCCCGCCCCUUCUUACAGAGCCGCACAAACCUCGUGUCGUCCGCGCCAUGCUCCCACUUUCUGAUGUUCUUGAUGAUGUGCACUUAGCUGUCCUCCAUGAUCGGAAAACUAUUUGAGCCAAGGCUUUAAUUUCAGUAUUUCUUUUUUAUUUUAAUGGAAUGACUUCAGUGUUCAAUUCCUUGGCUUACCAUGAUCAAAAUUAGCUGGAGGGAUGCAUUCAAAUCAGUUUUACUUCACUGUUCCUUGCUGAGGAUGAACUGCAGGCCUAUACUGAGUAGGGAUGUGAACAACACAGAUUUCUGACCGUUG